AUGGUAGGUGUCUGUCUCCGCGGCCUCUUUCCUUCUCAAUCCGUGUCCAUCCUCCGCUUGUCGCGGCCCCGAGCCCGGGCCGGACUUUGCCCUCUCCUCCUUCAGGGCCGCGUUCGCACCAAGACCGUGAAGAAGGCGGCCCGGGUCAUCAUCGAGAAGUACUACACGCGUUUGGGUAAUGACUUCCACACCAACAAGCGCGUGUGCGAGGAGAUCGCCAUCAUCCCCAGCAAGAAGCUCCGCAACAAGAUAGCCGGCUAUGUCACGCAUCUGAUGAAGCGGAUUCAGAGAGGUCCUGUGAGAGGCAUCUCUAUCAAGUUGCAGGAAGAAGAGAGAGAGAGAAGAGAUAAUUACGUUCCUGAGGUCUCAGCCCUAGACCAGGAGAUCAUUGAGGUAGAUCCUGACACCAAGGAGAUGCUGAAGCUUUUGGACUUUGGCAGUCUCUCCAACCUGCAGGUCACUCAGCCUACAGUUGGGAUGAAUUUCAAAACACCACGUGGAGCCGUUUAAAUCUGUUCUGUCAUAUUUUCAAUAAACCUGAAAACAAAUUUGCCUGUGUUGUUCUUGC